AUGGCUUCUGUGUCGGACAACAACACUUGUAAAAUUGUCCCAAAUUUGGAACUGUUUCCCAGUCAUAUCACGCAGAUGCGCGUAGGGACCAGAACAAGUUUUAACACCAGUCCCAUAAACAGGGCAUCACUGUUAAUCCCAACAACAACACGCACGCGAUCAGCUACCCAGACAGGAACCCCCAGCUCUAUAUCGUCCAAGAUAACGCACAAAGACUCCGGUUGCACACUUUCCGACGAGUUGGAAGCCAAUAUCAAGCGCAAGACGCGUCGGAAAUCUUCAUCAAUCACAAAGAAAGUCACUGAUAAGAACGCGCCAAAGUCUAAGAAGAAGAAGGAGAAGAACGAGAACGGGAUUGUUGAUUUCAAGGCAAACCCUGCUGACGAUGAAUUCGUCGGCUCACCGCCUUCAGCCCCAAAACUCUCUGGAAAGAGCCGACCCAUUACGAAUGUCAGGUCGCUUAUGUUCCAGCUCAAGACGUGUCAUGAAGAACAUGAAGGAGAUGUGUACGGGUCCCUGUCCAACUGUGAGAACAUUGUGGAGGGCAGUAUGGAGAGGUUAGUGGAGGCGCUGCGACCCGGCGGGAUGCAGAGCAAGGAGGCCAAGAUUCUCAUGCAGCUAUUGGACAAGUGGGAUCUUCAUGUCGGAUUGGAAGUCCAAUUUGACCGCGGCAUAUAG